AAUCUUGAUUCUUGACUUGGAGAGGGUGAUGGUCGCAAAUGAUAACAGCAGUAAUAAUAAUGCUGAAACUGAAAGCUAUUGAGAUCCUGCCUUCUUCAUCUGCUUUUGCUGCUACCACUCAACAUUGGAAACACCGUAUUCGUAUUCGUAUUCGUAUUCGUAUACGUAUAAGUCAAAGCCUCUUCUCCUCCCUUUCAAUCCCGUCAUCAUUUUCUCUUCACCCUUCUUUCAAACACUUCCCCUCCGUAGCCAUGGCUUCUCUCUCAUCUACCUCGAAUGACUCCUCGUCUUCUCCCUCUUCGUCAUUUCACUCCGCGGGAGAUGUUCAAAAGAUUAAGUUCUGUCAGUGGUGUGGUGGUACAACAAAGCAUGAUAUACCUGAUGGAGAAGAAAGGUUGAGAGCUAUAUGUACAACUUGUGGGAAGAUUGCUUAUCAGAACCCAAAAAUGGUAGUUGGUUGUCUUAUUGAACAUGAUAACAAGGUCCUGCUUUGCAAGCGGAAGAUUGAACCAUCUUAUGGCCUUUGGACGCUUCCUGCUGGGUAUUUGGAAAUUGGAGAGUCGGCUAUGGAAGGUGCUAUUAGGGAAACAAGGGAAGAAGCCAAUGCAGAUGUGGAAGUGAUUUCUCCUUUUGUGCAAUUGGAUAUUCCUUUAAUUGGCCAAACUUACAUAAUCUUCUUGGCAAAGCUGAAGAAGCCCCACUUUUCGCCAGGUCCAGAAUCAUCAGAAUGCAAGCUUUUCUCGCUUGAUGAAAUACCUUUCAGUUCUUUAUCUUUCUCGUCAAUGGUGGUUACCUUAAAUUUGUAUGUUGAGGACAUGAAGGCAGGAAGAAAGCCCAAAUUCCAUUAUGGUACUAUUAACAAAAGGCCGGGUACUAGUCCUUCCGAUAUUGAUGCGUUUACACUGGAGGAUCAUAUGCAGUCAUGACUCAUCGAUGAUGAGUCCUAAGAGACUGCCGACAUCUGAAUAAGAUAAAUGUAUGAAACGAUUUGUAUCUUCUGCAACACCAAGAUCACAUGUCACCAUUCGUUUAAGAUUGAUGAGUAAUUGCUUUGAUUCAAGACAUGAUAGCGUGAAGCAAUUCUUGAUUACUGAAAAAUUUUGGAUCUCCAAAUUUCUUUUUUUUUUUCCCCUCUUUAUUUCUGUUUUUUAAAAAAUUAUGGGAAAAAAACAAUUGUGGAUUUUAACUAUAAUAAUAGAUGAAUAUAUGCUAUUUUCAUAUAUUGGAUUGAUGUGUCCUUAUUCUCAUAGAAGAAAGGAUUCAGACACUUUUGGUUGGAAGUUGGAAUUUGGAGCUGCUGUAAAUAAUCAAAACUGAUUCUUUAUGAAUAAUAAUGAACCUUUUUUAAUUUCA